UUUCACGUGGGCGUGGAUAAUUCUCAACCAGAGGUCGAAGAUUAUGUGAAUCACGACCCAGUGCCAAAACUGCUCGGAAAUGGCCGUCGGAAAGAGGAUUCACAGCGUCUGAAAUAACUGCUGCCACUCCUACAUCCCCUCCUCCUCCUCCUCCUCUCCCCUGCUGUGCAAUGCUCCAUUUCACGUUCUGCAGAAAACCGAUCGGAGUGAUCCCUAACCUUCCUUCGAGCCGGCUGCUCAUUCAUCCCCCCUGCUUGGUGGUGGUGGUGGUUGCUCGGUCCUGUUGUGUACAUUUCUGCUUUGUUUAAUUCUGUCGCUGCCCCCCUGAGCUGAUGAUAUGUAAGUUUCUGCAGCCUGCUGCUUUCACUGUGCAAGCUGCACCUCCUCUGCUCAGAUCCUCCAGCUGAGAGCAGUCAGGAGGGCUCAGGAACUCAGUCUAUUGGCUUGUUGCACCUCUCCUACUGCCAGCCUCCUUCAGACUGGAAGCUCUUCAGUUCUCGUAGCGUCACACUAGCUGCUGCAGCUUGACAUCUUUGCCGUGUGAUGGAAAGUCUUUGAAUGCUGAGCAGAAAGAGGGACAUACACAGGGAACAUUACAUUUCGCUGUCUCGUAAAUGAAACCGAAAAUAAUCAUGACGGACAAUGUGCUGGGUGAGGGCAAACUGGACCCAUAUGUCAGUGCUUUAGGAUGGCCAGUGACAGCUCGACCAUUACCAGUCCUGUGGUACGUCAGAUCGACAAACAGUUUCUGAUCUGCAGCAUCUGUCUGGAUCGUUACAAAGUUCCUAAAGUUCUUCCCUGCCUUCACACCUUUUGUGAGAGGUGUCUACAAAACUACAUUCCUGCCUACAGUUUAACUCUUUCCUGCCCAAUCUGCCGUCAGACUUCUAUCUUGCCUGAAAAGGGUGUUUCUGCGCUACAGAACAACUUUUUCAUUACAAACCUAAUGGAUGUUCUUCAGCGGACUCCAGACAACAGCUGUGAGGACUCCUCCAUCCUAGAGACGAUCACAGCAGUAGCAGCAGGGAAACCCCUUUCCUGUCCAAAUCACGAUGGAAAUGUAAUGGAGUUUUACUGCCAAUCCUGUGAGACAGCAAUGUGUCACGAAUGUACAGAAGGUGAACAUGCUGAGCACCCAACUGUUCCCCUCAAGGAUGUAGUUGAGCAGCACAAGUCCUCCCUGCAGACUCAACUGGAGGCUGUCAAACAGAGGUUGCCUGAAUUGGACUCUGCUCUUAGUUUCCUGUCUGAAAUCUUGCAGGAUUUGACCAAUGAGAAAGUAAGCAUUGAAGAAGAGAUCCAUGCUACAUUCGAUGAGCUCCAAAAGACUUUAAAUGUACGAAAGAGUGUUCUGCUUAUGGAACUGGAGGUCACAUAUGGUGUUAAACAAAAAGUUCUCCAAGCACAAUUGGAUGCACUACUGCAAGGUCAAGAGAGCAUUAGAAGCAGUUGCAACUUCACGGAACAAGCUCUAAACCAUGGGACCGAAACGGAAGUGCUUUUAGUGAAGAAGCAAAUGGGUGAUAGGUUGAACGAAUUAGCUGUUCAAGAGUUUCCUUUACAGCCCCAAGAAAAUGAUCAGCUGGAGUUUGUGGUGGAAACUGAAGGACUGAAGAAAUCCAUUCAUAAUUUAGGUACCAUAAUCACCACAAAUGCCGUGGCCUAUGAGACUGUUGCGACGGGUGAGGGAUUGAGACAAUGUGUGAUUGGCCAUCCCACAUCUGUUACUAUAACAACAAAGGAUAAAGAUGGAGAACUUGUGAAAACUGGAAAUGCGUGUCUAAGUGCUGAAAUUGCAUCUCCUGAUGGUAGUGUUGUUGAUGGGGAAAUACUUGACAAUAAAAAUGGCACCUAUGACUUCCUUUAUACCAUUCAGAAAGAGCAAAAGGAGGGUGACUUUACACUUACCCUCCGACUAUACGAUCAGCAUAUUAAAGGAAGUCCAUUUAAAUUGAGGGUUGUCAAACCCACUGAUCUGUCUCCAACAUCUGAUGGAGUCAAACGUCGUGUGAAGUCACCUGGUAGUGGACAUGUAAAACAAAAGGCUGUGAAACGGCCAGCCAGCAUGUAUAGCACUGGAAAAAGAAAAGAGAAUCCGAUUGAAGAUGACUUGAUCUUUAGAGUUGGUACUAAGGGAAGAAAUAAAGGGGAAUUCACUAACUUGCAGGGAGUGGCAACAUCCACCAGUGGAAAGAUCAUGAUCGCAGACAGUAACAAUCAAUGUGUACAGAUUUUCUCAAAUGACGGACAAUUUAAAAACCGGUUUGGUGUUCGUGGCCGCUCUCCUGGGCAGCUGCAGCGUCCAACGGGAGUAGCUGUACACCCAAGUGGGGACAUUAUCAUUGCUGAUUAUGAUAACAAGUGGGUGAGCAUUUUUUCACCGGAUGGGAAAUUCAAGACCAAGCUAGGCUCUGGGAAGCUUUUGGGACCAAAGGGUGUUGCAGUGGAUCGGAAUGGUCAUAUAAUUGUGGUGGACAACAAGGCUUGCUGCGUCUUUAUUUUCCAGCCUAAUGGGAAGCUGGUGACAAAAUUUGGUAAUCGAGGAAACAGUGACAAGCAGUUUGCAGGUACACUUGAUGGGCCUCAUUUCGCAGCAGUCAACAACAAUAAUGAAAUCAUUGUUACAGAUUUUCAUAACCAUUCUGUUAAGGUAUUUAACACAGAUGGUGAGUUUGUAUUAAAGUUUGGAUCUAAUGGAGAAGGAAAUGGCCAGUUUAAUGCUCCGACAGGAGUGGCAGUGGAUUCCAAUGGAAAUAUUAUAGUUGCUGACUGGGGAAAUAGCCGUAUACAGGUGUUUGAUGGAAGUGGAUCGUUUCUGUCUUAUAUUAACACUUCAGCUGAUCCUCUUUAUGGACCUCAAGGUUUAGCAUUGACCUCAGAUGGUCAUGUAGUAGUAGCUGACUCUGGAAAUCAUUGCUUUAAAGUUUAUCGCUAUUUGCAGUAACAUUUGCUCUUUGGAUCUACAAAUCUAAUUGGAACUGGAUGCAGAUGAAUUCCAAUGUUAACUCACUAAGUUUACCUUUAGGAUGGGAGCGGCCUGUUGAAGAUUGUUUUUGUUUGAUGCCUUUUCCUGUCCCAGGUUAUUUAAGUAAACUAAACACGUGGAAGAAAUAUGUGCAGUUUUAUACCUGGGAUUUCCUCUAAC